UUGCUCCAAAACACACAACAAUUAAGCAUAAAUCAACAACAAUUUAUACACCAAAAAAAUAACUUAAACAAAUUAAGCAAAUUAAUCAGAUAUGUCAUUCAAUUACCUUCUAUGCCUAAUUGCUUUUGCACUUGUGCUUGGCAAAACAAAUGUCAAUUGCAUAGAAACUAUUGAAGUUGAGCCACUUCUUGAUGUUGCUUCAUUGAAUAGAAACAGUUUCCCUAAAGGAUUUAUAUUUGGAGCAGGAUCUUCCUCAUACCAGUUUGAAGGUGCAGCAAAUGAAGGUGGUAGAACACCAAGUAUAUGGGAUACUUUCACCCAUAAAUAUCCAGAAAAGAUCAAAGAUAGAAGCAAUGCAGAUGUAGCCAUUGAUUCAUAUCACAAUUACAAGGAAGAUGUUAGGAUCAUCAAGGACAUGAACUUGGAUUCAUACAGAUUCUCCUUAUCCUGGUCUAGAAUAUUGCCAAAAGGAAAGCUUAGUGGUGGCAUAAAUCAAGAAGGAAUCAACUAUUACAACAAUUUCAUCAAUGAGUUAUUGGCUAAUGGUAUAAAACCAUUGGUGACUCUUUUUCAUUGGGAUCUCCCACAAACUCUAGAAGAUGAGUAUGGUGGCUUCUUAAGCCCUCUCAUAGUAAAAGAUUUCCAAGACUAUGCUGAACUUUGCUUUAAGGAGUUUGGUGAUAGGGUGAAAUAUUGGGUUACUUUGAAUGAACCAUGGAGUUACAGUCAAAAUGGCUAUGCAAAUGGACGAAUGGCACCAGGUCGUUGUUCUAGUUGGUUGAAUCCAAAUUGCACCGGUGGUGAUUCUGCGAUUGAGCCCUAUAUAGUCACACACUACCAACUUCUAGCUCAUGCCGAAGCUGUAAAUGUGUACAAGACAAAGUAUCAGGAAACUCAAAAUGGUGUAAUAGGAAUAACCUUGGUAGCUAACUGGUACCUGCCACUCUCAGAUUCGAAAUCCGACCAGAAAGCUGCUGAAAGAGCUGUUGACUUCAUGUAUGGAUGGUUUAUGGAUCCACUAACAUCAGGAGAUUAUCCAAAAAGCAUGAGAUCCCUUGUUGGAGCAAGAUUACCAAAAUUCAAUGCAAAACAAGCUAGGCUACUCAUUGGUUCAUUUGAUUUUAUUGGUUUGAACUAUUAUUCUUCAACAUAUGCCUCUGAUGCACCACUUCUAAGCAAUGCUAGACCUAGCUACUUGACAGAUUCUUUGGUUAAUCCAGCAUUUGAGCGAAACGGGAAACCUAUUGGUAUUAAGAUUGCUUCUGAUUGGUUGUAUGUUUAUCCACGAGGAAUUCGUGAUCUUUUGUUAUACACCAAGGAAAAGUACAAUAACCCGUUGAUUUACAUCACCGAAAAUGGUAUUAACGAGUACAGUGAUCCUACACUAUCAGUCCAAGAAUCGCUCAUGGACACUUUUCGGAUUGAUUACCAUUAUCGUCAUCUAUACUAUCUUCGAUCCGCAAUUGAGCAAGGUGCAAACGUCCAAGGAUAUUACAUAUGGUCCUUGUUCGACAACUUUGAAUGGUGCUCAGGUUAUUCUGUGAGAUUUGGAAUGACAUUUGUGGAUUACAAGAAUGGUUUGAAAAGAUACGAGAAACUUUCUGCAUUGUGGUUCAAGAAUUUUCUCAAAAAAGAAACUAAACUUAUGUUUCUUGUGAGAAAAGUUAUUAGUUUUAUUCAUUAAAAAAUUUAUUUGUAAAUAUUUAUUUAUUCUUUAUUCAUUAUUUUGUUCUAAAGAGGUCCUAUUCAACCAAAAAGGGAAUGAAACAUGGAUGUGUAGAUAUACUGAUCUUUGUAAGUUACAAUUGAUUCAAUUUUAGAAUGAAGGAAAAUUAAAGUUGUUAUGAUAAAUA